AUGUCAGAAAUAUCAGCUUCUCAACCUGAAGCAUCUUCUUCGACUUCUUCACCGGUAAUACCCACUGAACCAGCAGUACUACCACCGAAAAUGAGGGUAGCUGAUAAAUGGGUGAAACCUAAUGGGCCACCUGUAGGUUCUACUUUUGGUGCUAGGCUGUUGGAUGGUGAUAGAGAUGUAUUCGAACACAAUGCAUGGGAUCAUGUGACUUUACCUGAAGAUUUCAAGUUGAAAGCGGCGGAAAUCAUGGAAUUACACCGUUCAAGUCCCGUAGCUGAAAACCUGAGAGACGGAUAUAAUGCCAAACCUGCUCAUUAUUGGGAUAAGUUUUACACUAAUCAUGAAGAUGGUUUUUUCAAAGAUCGUACUUGGUUAAGAUUGGAGUUUCCAGAACUCGUAGCCUGUAGUGAAUCUGAUGCUGGACCAAAGAUCGUACUGGAAGUAGGAUGUGGAGCGGGAAAUACGGUUUUCCCAUUAUUAAUGAGAAAUGAAAAUCCAGAUUUAAAGAUAUUCGCAACUGAUUAUUCUAAAAAAGCUGUUCAAGUUGUGAAAGCAAAUAAAAUGUAUCCACGGGCAGAGCAUGGUUUAGGUGAAUUAAAUGCUAGUGUAUGGGAUAUUACCUCGAAACCUUCUCCUUCCUCUUCUUCUUCUUCCUCUUCAUCAUCGACCGACCCAAUCCCGAAUAAUACUUCGACAGCAACUUCAAUGCUGGAAAGUCAAAUACCAGAACAUGAUACAAACGAUUCAAAUGGUGGAGAGGUGAAGAUAGUGGAAGAUACCUUGAAUGAUUUAUCAUUAUCGGAAAAUACAAAAUUAGAAAAGGAAUAUUCACUACCUGAAGGUAUAGAACCCGGAAGUGUGGAUGUCAUUUCUGUCAUUUUCGUUUUGUCAGCUUUACAUCCCAAAGAAUGGAAGCAGGCAAUUACAAAUUUAUAUGCUGCUCUCAGACCAGGUGGUUUGCUUUUGAUACGUGAUUAUGGAAGACAUGAUUUAGCUCAAUUACGUAUAAAGAAAAACAGACUGUUAGAUCCCGAAACACCAAAUCUGUACAUAAGAGGUGAUGGUACCAGAGUCUAUUUCUUUGAGAAAGAGGAGUUGGAAGGCAUGUUGACUAAUCCCGUGUCAGAAGAGGGAAAUAAGAAUAUGUUUGAAGUUGUACAAUUAGGUGAAGAUAGAAGAUUGAUCGUCAAUCGAAAAGAGAAGAAACAAAUGUAUAGAAUCUGGUUACAGGUCAAAGCUAAAAAACUGUAA